CUAGGUUUAAUGAUUUCCAAUUUCCUAUUAAUCACUGGACCAAUUCCCUAAAACAUGGGGAACUCACGAUUACCACUCAAAAUUUCACCAAAUUUGGUGAUAUUUGAUCUUUUAAUUCCAAUUUGGAAGCUCCAAUUCUAUACAGCGACCGGAGGGAUGACUCCAAUUCUGUACAGCGACCCGAGGGAUGACUCCAAUUCUGUACAGCGACCCGGGGGAUGACAGUAAUGGUGCACUUACAUCAUCUAUCAACCCCAAACCCCACACCAAGUCCGCAUUAAUGGCAUUUUUUUUUUAGCCUUGAGCCGAUUCCAUUACUGGCAACUCUAGUUGGUCGAAAUGUUAUCUCUCUCUCUUACCUUGUGAAGACUCGAACAAAGUGACCCAUUAUUAUGGCCAUUAAUACUCAGACACUGAACGAAUAAAUUAUCUGGUUUUCCAGGUCAUGGAGAAUCAACCCAUGUUGACAUAUAUGAAGCUGAAGCUCUGAUUCCUGGAAAUUUGGAUUUUGAUGUGUUUUUGGAGUUGGGUUUUUAAUUUUUUCAGUUUCGGUUGUGAGAAUGGGGUGUGAGGGUGCUUCUGGAGAUGAAAAGCCUUCGACAAAUUUGGCGGGCGAUUCGCGUAUCAGGCCUUCGAUUCCUCUAAAUUUGGUGGGAGGUAUAAGACCUUCGACUCCGCUGAAUUUGGGGAAGGGAGAUGGAGUUUUGAGCUCGUCUCAGAGGAAGAAGCUUGAGGCAUUCUUUGCUGAGAGUGAUGAGAGGGAUCUUGGUCGAGGAAUGGCUGUGGGAACCACACCAGUCGAUAUUCGAGGCAACCCAAUUCGUGAUUUUUCGAAGACUGGAGGAUGGAUUGCUGCUUUCUUCAUUUUUGGCAAUGAGAUGGCAGAAAGAAUGGCAUACUUUGGGCUUUCAGUGAACAUGGUACUGUUCUUGUUCAAUGUCAUGCACCGUCCAUUCACGGCAUCUGCAAACACAGUGAACAACUUCUUGGGCAUUUCUCAGAUCUCCUCCAUUUUAGGUGGAUUCCUCGCAGAUGCCUAUCUUGGUCGAUAUUGGACUAUAGCAAUCUUCACAACACUCUAUCUUGCAGGGUUAACUGCGAUCACCCUAACUGCCACGAUGAGCAUUUUCAAACCAAGCCAGGCCAAUUGUGACCAACUAAUGCUUCUUUUGGGAGGUUGUGAGAAACCAAAACCAUGGCAAAUGCUUUACAUAUACACCACUCUCUACAUAACAGCCUUUGGGGCAGCAGGGAUAAGACCUUGCGUCUCAUCCUUUGGAGCUGAUCAAUUCGAUGAGAGGAGCCCUGAUUAUAAAAAACUUCUUGAUAGAUUCUUCAACUUCUUUUAUCUUUCUGUGACUACUGGUGCAAUCUUGGCUUUUACUAUGGUGGUGUAUAUUCAAAGGGAGCAUGGUUGGGGCCCUGCCUUUGGGUCAUUGGCCAUAGCCAUGGCCCUCUCAAACAUGGCUUUCUUUGUGGGCACUCCUUUAUAUAGACACAGGUUACCAGGGGGUAGUCCAUUGACUCGUGUUACUCAGGUGUUGGUUGCUGCCUUUAAAAAGAGGAACACCCCUUACUCCUCUACUGAGUUAGUUGGCCUUUAUGAGAUUCAUGGGCAGAAGUCCGCUGUUAAGGGAAGUUGCAAGAUACCUCAUACUGAUGAUUUCAGGUUUCUAGACAAGGCAGCACUGAGGACGGAAGAAGAUGGAUUUAAUCCGAGUCCGUGGAGGCUUUGCACUGUAACCCAAGUAGAGGAGGUGAAGAUACUGUUGAAAAUCAUCCCCAUACCGACCUGCACAAUCAUUCUAAGCACAGUAUUAACAGAAUACCUCACUCUCUCAGUCCAACAAGCUUAUACCCUUAACACCCAUCUGGGCCACUUCAAACUCCCAAUCCCUUGCAUGCUUGUAUUCCCAUGUCUAAGCAUCUUGUUUCUGAUAAUCUUCUAUUAUUGGGCUUUCGUCCCUUUCUCUCAGCGCAUAACUGGCCACCCCCAUGGAGCAUCUCAGCUUCAAAGAGUUGGGUUUGGGCUUGUUUUAUCAACAAUAUCAGUGGCUUGGGCUGGUGCUUUUGAGAGGUAUAGAAGGAAUUAUGCAAUUCAACAUGGGUUUGAAUUCAAUUUCUUACAAUCCAUGCCAAAUCUAAGUUCAUAUUGGCUUUUGAUCCAAUAUUGCUUUAUUGGCUUAGCUGAAGUUUUUUGCUUAGUGGGUUUGCUUGAAUUUCUCUAUCAAGAGGCCCCUGAUGCUAUGAGGAGCGUGGGCUCUGCCUAUGCCGCAAUAGCCGGAGGUUUGGGGUGCUUUGUUGCCACUUUAUUGAAUAACAUUGUAGACUCGGUUUCGAAGAAGAUCUCACAGGAGUCUUGGUUAACUCAGAACAUAAAUCUUGGGAGGUUUGAUUACUUCUAUUGGGUCUUGGCUGUUUUGAACUUGAUUAACUUCUUGAUUUUCGUCUACGUAGCAAAGAGAUACAAGUAUAGGGCUCAUCCUGCGAUGGAGACAGAAGUGCUGUGGUCCAAGGCCCAUGUGAAGAUAGUGGAAGAUAUAUAACAGGCUGUCACUCUUUGAAAAAGGGGGUAAGUCGUCCCCUGCAAUGUGUUUUAAUGUGAUGGAAAUGGCUUACUGGGCCAUGUUCUGGUGUUGCAAAUUUUCUAGUUCUACAAAGGGAGCUGACUCCCAACUGUUUCAGUAUGAAAAUUUAAUGUUUGUAGGUCCAUAAAGGGUUGAAUAUGACUCUAACAGGCUGUAACACUAGAAAAAGGAGGUCAUGUCCCCCCAGCAAUGUGUUUUGAUAUGAUGGAAAUGGCUUAUUGGGCAAUUUUCUAGUUAUACAAAGGGUGCUGACUCCCAACUG